GAUGGCAUCCGAUCUCCAUCUCGACGAUGAGGAUGACUUCGGAGGAGAUGUUCCUGGAAGCCAAAGUAGUGCUAAACGUUCAGGUGGUAAGAGGACUUUUGGAGAUCUCGACGAAGAAGAGGAUGAUGUCUUCGGCCCUAAGAAGGGAAAGCCAAAAGUUGAAGAAAGUGGACCUGGUAUGACCACUGGAAUGAUUUUGUCUUUGCGUGAAAGCUUGCAGAACUGUAAAGAUAAUCUUGCAACAUGCCAGGAAGAGCUAGAAGCUGCUAAAUCAGAGAUUCAAAAGUGGCAUUCUGCAUUUCAGAAUGGACCAGCUACACCUGCAGGCACAUCUCCAGAGCCUGGGUUGGUGCUAACUUAUCUCCAGAAUUUGAAGUCCUCUGAGGAGUCUUUAAAAGAGCAGCUAGAGAAAGCCAAGAAAAAAGAGGCUGCAUUCAUAGUUACUUUUGCAAAAAAAGAGCAGGAAAUUGCUGAUCUCAAGUCUGCAGUUCGAGACUUGAAGACACAGUUAAGGCCACCAUCGAUGCAGACAAGGAAGUUGCUACUUGAUCCAGCCAUUCAUGAAGAGUUCACACGGUUGAAGAAUUUGGUUGAAGAGAAGGAGAAGAAAAUUAAAGAAUUGCAAGACAAUCUUGCUGCGGUCAAUUUUACUGCAUCCAGCAAGCUUGGAAAAAUGCUAAUGGCAAAGUGUAGAACAUUGCAAGAGGAGAAUGAGGAGAUUGGAGCGAUGGCAUCAGAGGGAAAAAUCCAUGAAUUGGGAAUGAAGAUCGUGGUGCUAAAAUCUCAAAAUGCAGAACUCAGGAACCAAUUUGAUGCAUUGUACAAGCACAUGGAAGGACUAACAAAUGAAAUGGAGAGAUCAAAUGAAAUGGUCUAUAUAUUACAAGAGAGGCUAGAAGCAAAGGACUGUGAGCUAAGAAACUUGAAGGAGUUAUUAACCCAGAAAGAAGCAGCUGAGGAAAGAGAUGACGAUGAUGGUGACAAGGAAGAAGCCAAUGAAGGAAAUUCUGCUGAUGUUGAGGCAUGAGAUUUUGGAGGGGAAAAUUUUCAAGAAUUUCUGCGGAUGUUGAUGCUUCAGAUUUUGAACUUUUUAUUUUUCCAUAUGAAAGGUUGGGAGCGGGUCAGCUGUAGCUGUAACCAUGUUAGACUCCGAAGCUGGUAACCAUGAUAUUUCUGGCUCUGUUGCUAAAAUGAUCAUCCUGGUUCUAUGAGUGUA